ACUUAAAAUAAUUACAUAUUUAUAAGAAAAAGAGAACCAUCAAAGAUUAAACUGCUUGCAAUCACAGACUUACUUCAGGAAGAAAUCAUCACAAACUGAUAUAUCCUAACAAAGAAAAUGACAAUCUUCAAAAUUACUUCAAAGCUUUCCAAAUUGCUCCCUGCCCGACCGGCCGGAGGUUCUUGGAGCCCUAGAGCUUUUGUUACUGCUGCCCCUAGACCAUUGCAAUCCAAAAAGGAUGAUGAGACUGCAGAGACAUGCCAAAAUGUGAAAGAAGCAGCAGAGGCAGUUAAAGAAGGUGCAAGAGAAGUGAGGAAGACGACUGAAUUCAUAAGAGAUGCUGCUGCUAAUACUGCUGAAUCUGUUACCAAAAUGACUAAAAAGGUGACAGAAAAAGUGAAUGAAACUGCAGAUGAUAUCACCGAAAAGGCUAAGGAGUCUGUAUCAGGUGCUUGGGGAACUGCCAAAAAUACCACAGAAAUAAUUAAGGACAAGAUCAUGGGUUGAAUUCCUUUUCUUCUUUUAUAUAAAGACAUUAAACUUGAUUUGAUGUGCCACUGCUGAGAGGGGGAAAAAACAUGGUUUACACUGGCAUAUACUGAAUCUCGAACAGUAAACAAGAACCAGAAAAACAAACACUUGAUGUAGGAUAGAGAGCUUUUACUUGCUAUGUCCUUUCUUCUUUGGUAGCAAUAAACUCAGAUGUUUCCCAAGAAUAGUGUCUGAAAGACAUUGUCAUAACAGCACCUAUCAUCAAAUGAUAAAAGGGCAAGUUUCACAAAAGAAAACUGCAUAGGAAAAAGAAAAAGGGAAUUAUGUGAUUUGCUUCUUGAAGAUUACUUAUGG